UCUUCGAAAGACUGAGUCAACACAUCAUCAUUUUAAGAUUGAUAAAAUCACCACAUAUCUUACCCUUUUAACCUUGAUUUUUGUUAAUCUGCGGAAAAACAUAUUGCAAUGAUGUAUAGUUUAUUGCAUUGUGAACUGCUCCUUUUCUAUGAAAGUCAAAAGACGGGACUGGUGAGACGAUGAUGGAUUGCCACCAACCACACUCACAAACAAACCUCACGAGCACACGUAGGUCAGCUUAGACUACCAACUUCUCUCACUGUCAAUAUAAAUUAUAAUCAUAGCCAUCAGAAAUCCACCCAGUCUGCAGAUCAGCAGGGCAUCCUGAAGAACAUAACACUCGCAUGGAAAGCGGCGGGAAUGGGAUCUGCCGGGCGGCGCCGCUGGAGGCGCUGCUGUUCGACAUCGACGGCACGAUGUGCGUGUCCGACCCGUUCCACCACCGCGCCUUCUCGGAGCUGCUGCAGGGCCUGGGUUACAACGGCGGCGCGCCCAUCACGCCGGAGUUCGGCAUGGCGCACAUGGCCGGCCGGAGCAACGAGCAGAUCGGCCGCUUCCUGUUCCCGGACUGGCCGCAGGCCCGGCUCGACGCCUUCUUCGCCGAGAAGGAGGCCCUCUUCGCGCGGUACGCCGGCGAGGGGCUCCGGGAGGUGCCCGGGCUGGGGAAGCUGUGCCGUUGGGCGCGGGAGCGCGGGCUGAAGCGGGCGGCAGUCACCAACGCGCCCCGCGCCAACGCCGAGCUCAUGAUCGGGAUCCUCGGGCUGGCCGACUUCUUCCAGCUCGUCGUCGCCGGCGAGGACUGCGGCGAGGGCCGCUCCAAGCCCUGCCCCGACCCCUACCUCCGCGCGCUCGCACUGCUCGGCGCUUCGCCGGAGCGGUCUUUAGUGUUCGAGGACUCCGUGGUGGGAGUGCAGGCCGGCGUGGCCGCGGGGAUGCCCGUUGUGGCUAUCGCGGGUGAGAGCCGGGAGGCCAAGGUAGUCGCCGCCGGCGCGUCCAUGGUCGUCAGGGACUACCGCGACGCCAAGCUGUGGGCCGCGCUGGACGCCGCCGCCGGAGCUCCCAAGGUUGAUUCAGACUCGGAGCUGAGCGCGGUGCAGCCUCCUGUUUCCGUUCCCGUGGAGAAUUGAGUAGCUGGAAUCCCAUUUCCAUUUUUCCUUGUUGCAGUAGUGCAGAAUUCAGAUUCCAAAUUCAGUUUAGAACCGGGGAAAGAAAUGAAAAUAAACCGUGGUUCAAAUUGA